CACUCCUCACACAAAUGGCCUUUCCUUAAAAAAGAGUUGUGUAUACGUUGUUGUUGAAAGCGCUGUCUCUAUUCCCCCACUCUCCAGCUCCUAUCAGCAAAAACCUCCUCAAUGCCAUUAGUCUCUCUCAUCUCUUCACUUUCUCUCUCUAAAAUGCCAAUGUCAUAUUAAUCAACUAAUCCCUGUAGGAUUUUUAUCUUACUUCGUUUGUUGCCGGAAAUAAUGGCGGUUUCCGGCGAGAAUUCCAGCUCGGGGAGCUCUUCAUCCAGCUUUUUUACUUCAAAAACUCCCAUUCUAGGUCUUCAACUUUAUAUCGUGAUAGCCACCACUGUGGUCAUUAUGGUUAUCAUAUUCGUUCUCAUCUUCCUAUUCCUCCGGCUAAAUCGAACCUCAAAACGACGUCAUAACGGCGUUAAGUCCAGCUCUGGGUUAUUACCUUUAGUAUCCGAAGUGAUUCGCGAAAACAAAAUCUCCGAUCUCAAUGAGAUUAGUAAAGUGAAUCGGUUUGCUAAAAAAGAGGAGGAGACGAUCGCGAUUCUAAGAAAAGAAACUCCGGAAGUGGUCGAAGUUGAGUCGGGGGGUAUAAAAGGAAGUUCAGGGAGUAAUGAGUCGAGUACGAGCCGGAGUGAUGCAUCGUCGGCGAUCUCUGGUUCUACGGAGUCGUCAAAUAUCGGGUGGGGCCGGUGGUACAGUUUGAAAGAACUGGAGAUGGCCACCGGUGGAUUUUGUGCCCAGAAUGUGAUCGGUGAAGGCGGAUACGGCAUCGUAUUUCGUGGUGUUUUGCAAGAUGGCUCAGUAGUAGCUGUCAAGAAGCUUCAUAACAACAAGGGUCAGGCCGAGAAGGAGUUUAGGGUGGAAGUUGAGGCCAUUGGCAAAGUGAGACACAAAAACCUUGCGGGUCUUCUUGGUUAUUGUUCAGAAGGUGCUCAUAGGAUACUAGUGUAUGAGUACAUUGACAAUGGCAAUUUGGAGCAAUGGCUACAUGGUGAUGUAGGGCCUGUUAGUCCUCUAACCUGGGAGAUUAGGAUGAAAAUUGCGACUGGAACUGCUCGAGGACUUGCCUACUUGCACGAAGGUUUGGAACCCAAAGUUGUGCAUCGUGAUGUUAAAUCAAGUAACAUUCUGUUGGAUAGGAAGUGGAAUCCAAAAGUAUCAGAUUUUGGACUUGCCAAGCUGCUAGGAUCUGAGAAAAGCUAUGUGACCACCCGUGUUAUGGGGACUUUUGGAUACGUUUCUCCUGACUAUGCCAGUACUGGUAUGCUUAAUGAGGGGAGUGAUGUGUAUAGUUUCGGUGUUAUGCUCAUGGAGAUUAUUACAGGAAGAAGUCCUGUUGACUAUUCAAGACCCCCUGGGGAGAUGAACUUGGUUGAUUGGUUUAAAGGAAUGGUAUCAAAUCGGCAUGGUGAAGAAUUGAUCGACCCAUUAAUUGAGGUCCAUCCUCCUCCUAGAUCCCUAAAGCGGGUUCUGUUGGUCUGCCUUCGCUGCAUAGAUAUGGAUGCCAACAAGCGGCCAAAGAUGGGACAAAUAGUACAUAUGCUUGAGGCUGAUGAAUUUCCUUUCCGUGCAGAACCUCGAUCAGUCCGGGAAAAAGAUCCUCCAAAUCCACGUUUACUGCCAGCAAAUAGAGUUCAAUUAGCUGUCAAGGAUGGGGAGGGUGAUGAUGAACAGAAACCUAGAGGGAGAUAAUUACCCUUUAUUUGGGAUGAGUUAUACAGGGUAUUUUAGUAUGUAUAUUCUUCUGAAUCAUUUCCGCUCAAUCCUAGUUUGUUGUUUCCUAUUAAUUUUAUAUCUCGAGCUGUGCUAUGUAGGCUCUAUUUUGGUUGAUUUUGUAUAUAAGCAUAGUUACACUACACUAUGUCCUUAUACGGACUCAAAAAAAUAGAGAAAAAACCACUUGCACUAUCUUAGUUUUUACAGACUGUUUAAGAAAAGUUUUACCAGCUUAAAUUA